AUGACAAUUCCCGCCGAUAUCCUCACUGCGAAAGCAGCGGGGCGCAUCCCGGAUAAUGUGUCGCUCUCGUAUCUCGCUGAGUCUCGCGACAAUCCCGCCAUUGCGGGCAUCUUGUUCCUGAUCUGCUUCACCGGAGUGCUCAUGAUUCUCCGUCUGUAUGUUCGCGGAUUUCUCGUCAAGAAAGUCGGCUUGGAUGAUGCAUUGGCUAUUCUGACGCUGAUGGUCUAUAUCUCUUUUGUCGUUCUCUCUAUUGUCCUCAUCAACCUGGGCAGCGGCCGCCAUAUCGAGUACAUUCAGUAUGUACUAUCCAUGCCGACAGUCCGACAAACCGAGGUCCUAGACUUUGUUGCCCACGUCCUCUAUACGACGGCACUCUUCCUCUGCCGACUGUCGGGACUGGCCUUUUACUACCGCCUUACCGCGUGCUCGAGCAAACUCCAUCUGAGCAUCAUCAUCGCCGCUCCAGUGUUGCUUGCCGCAUAUCUCCCGCAACUAUUUCUGUUGAUCUUCCACUGUAAACCCGUGACAGGGCUGUGGCCCUAUGAUUGGCAGUACGAACCCAUCAACUACCAAUGUCUGACAUGGGGAUUGGUGUACUCGGUCAACUCGGGACUCUCGCUGGCCUGCGACGUGCUGAUGUUCGUUAUCCCCGCGGUGCUCAUCAAACAGCUUCAUUUAGCGGUGAAAAAUAAAAUCAAACUCUCGUUUGUGAUGUUCCCAGGUGAAUCGAGAAAUGCCGAGAUCGCCGGAACGCUGAUUGCACUCUCGGUGCCAGCCCUGAAACCGGUGUUCGGGAAUCUUUUCACUCGGCUCACGGAGUACACUUCCAGCCAUACCCCCACCCGCUCCGCAAGGUUGCGCAGUCAAUCCAAGCCCACGAGUGGCGUGAGAUCCGACGCCCGGAACAGCAAGCGUCUGCUGAAUUGGUCUCGAGGCAGUCCGAGUGAUUACGAGAUGAUGCCCUCGGAGGUAUCGGUGACCCGCGAGAUUCAGGGAUCGCCGUCCAACACGAGUGUGUCGAAGAACCCCGGCAUUAAAGUGACGAAUGAGGUCAAUAUCAGUCGAGCUGAGGAUAGACCUGUCUCGCGGGAGAGUUAA